CACUGGACUGUUGUUACCCCUGGCCAUUCUUUGCCUGUUUCAGUUUCUCUCUCUCCCCUUCACAACGGACAGUACCCACUACCCAAUCCUGAAUCUUGAAAUGCAAUGCCAAAGUGACCCAUCAAUGAGAGAAACAGAGAAAUUAUUCCAGUGAGAGAAAGAAGAGAGAGAAAAUGGGGUAAGAUAGAGCUGUAGCAGCUGGAAGUCUACCAUCACAGCUGCUGAGUCCAGUGACUAGCGCAUCUCCUGAUCAUACAUUUUCACUCUUUCGGUUUGUGCUUGAUCUCGGAGCUUCAGGGUCGUCAGAAAAAUCUCUUUCCACGGUGAUUGCAAUGCUUCCUGAUCUGCAAGUUAAAGCCGGUUCAUUUGUUCACAGAGAAAGACUAUCUGAAAAAAGCUGCUAAGUUGGAGACUCGGGUAUUAUUACUCUGGCCUGGAUCUACAACCUUGGCCUUUGUCACUGGUCCAAGGACGAGGCUUUUGCUAAGUCGAAACCAAUUGCAGCACUGUUUUUUGCUGUGAUGAUGGCGACUCUGUUACAUUGCGAAUCAAGACGCUUGUAUUCUUGGUGGUGGAGUAGCCACAUUAGUCCAAAGAAUUCAAAAUGGCUUCAGGAAAAUCUCACCGAUAUGGAUGCCAAAGUCAAAGCAAUGAUCAAACUCAUCGAAGAAGAUGCGGACUCUUUUGCAAGGAGGGCUGAAAUGUACUACAAGAGACGCCCGGAGCUGAUGAAAUUGGUUGAGGAGUUCUACCGCGCUUAUCGUGCGCUAGCAGAGAGGUACAACCAUGCCACAGUGGAGCUUCGCCAAGCCCAUCGAACUAUGGCAGAAGCAUUUCCCGAUCAAGUACCUGACGUACUAGCCGAAGAUUCAGCCUCCUCUUCCUCAGGAGGUGAGGUUGAUCCUCAUGCACCAGAAAUUUCUCAGCCUCGCCGUGCAUCAUUUGAUAUGAAUGAUUCAAAUAGAGAUGCUUCAUCUCUCUCUUCAAACAAUGCAUCUGGUGUAAAAAGACAUGGAGGAUAUUCGGAAAUCUCAGGUUCCACCUCUUGUAUAAGUAAGAAAGGUCUGAAACAGGUGCAUGAGAUAUUUGAGUCAGACGAAGUGACUUCUCAAUAUAGGGCUGCUGAUGGAAAAACUAGCAAAGGCUCGAACCUACCUGAAAUUUUGCAAAAUGGUUUGUCGCAGUUAUCUAGUGAGAAUCAAAAUCUCAAAAACCAAGUCGCUUCAGAGUCCAAACGUGCAAGCAGGGCAGAAAUCGAGGUUCAAACCUUGAAGAAGAUCUUGGCUGAGAUCCAAGCUGAAAAGGAUUCUAUGCUCUCACAAUACCAGCAAAUUCUGGAACAGAUAUCUAACCUGAAGAGUGAUCUAGACCAUGCUCAGGAGAAUGCGAGAGGUCUCGACGAUCGAGCGAGCAAAGCAGACAUUGAGAUAAAAAUAUUGAAGGAAGCGCUAGAGAAACUUGAGGCUGAAAGGGAUGCUAGCCUUGCUCAGUACAAUCAGAGUCUAAGAAAGAUAUCCAGCCUCGAGAUGCAGCUCUCUCAAGUUGAGGAGGAUGCGAAAGGUCUUAGUGAGCAGGCUAUUGCUGCAGAAACUGAAAUGCAGAAUCUCAAGCAUGAACUUUCCAGACUAGAGGCUGAAAGAGAAGCUGGUCUACUUCAGUAUCGACAAUGCCUGGAGACAAUAUCUGUUCUAGAAAGUAAAAUUUCACUCGCAGAGAUGGAUGCUGAUAAGCUAUCUGAGCAAGCUGUGAAGGCAGAUGCAGAAAUUCAAAAGCUGGAGCAGGCUGUUGUUAAAUCAAAUGAAGAGAAAGAAGCAAUCGCAUUCCUGUACAAGCAGUGUCUCGAGACUUUGGCUAGGAUGGAAAGUGAGCUUUCUCGCGCUCAAGAUGAUGCCACAAGGCUAAAUAAUGAAGUUGCAAUAGGUGCCGAGAAGUUGAAGAAUGCUGAAGAGCGGCGUCUUUUAUUGGAGAAGUCAAACCAGUCUCUGCAGUCCGAUGCAGAGAACCUAUCACAGAAGAUUGCAAUGAAGGACCAAGAACUGUCUAGGAAGCAUGAAGAGUUGCGGAAGCUUCAAGAACAAAUGCAAGGUGAUCGCCUUCAAUUUGUCCACGUUCAAGCGAGUCUGGAGACUUUACAGAAGAUGCACUAUGAGUCUCAGAAAGAGCAGAGAGAUCUGGCUUUGGAAAUUAAAAGUGGGCUUCAAAUGUUGAAGGAUUUGGAGACGUGCAAACAUGGUUUGGAGGAAGAGAUCACAAAGGUCAAGGAAGAAAACCGAAGCCUUACUGAACUCAACACAUCCUGCGCCAUCUCGGAGAAGAAUUUGAAGAAUGAUCUAUAUAGCUUGAGGGAGAUGAAAGAGAAGCUUGGGCAGGAUUUUGCAACACAAUUAGCACACAGUACUGCUCUCCAGCAAGAGAUUACUCAAUUGCGAGAAGAAAUUGAGGCCUUAAAUGGGUGCUAUAAAGCGCUUCUCUCGCAAGUUGAGUUGGCAGGUCUCGAUCCUCUAUGUUUCGGACAAACAGUGAAGGAGUUGCAAAGCAAGAACUCUGAGUUGAAAGAGAUCCAGAAAAGGGAUAGAGAUGAGAGAGAAGUUCUUUAUGAAAAGUUAAAGAACAUGGACACAAUUUCAGAGAAGAAUGAGAUGCUUGAAAGAUCCUUGUCCCAGUUAAGCAGUGCAUUAGAAGAAUCCAAAGAGAAGAUCAAGCUAUUGCAGGAAAAUUGCCAAUCAUUGCAGGGAGAAAAAUGCAGUCUUGUGGCUGAUAAAGCUGCUUUGCUUUCUCAGCUACAGAUUAUCACUGAGAACAUGCAGAAGCUUUUGGAGAAAAACUCAUCCUUGGAGAGUUCGAUGUCCGCUGCAAGAUCUGAGGCUGAGAGCUUGAGAGAAAAAUCAAAGAGGUUAGACGAAUUCUGCCAGUUGCUCAUUAAUGAGAAAUCCAGCCUCAUAAGUGAAAGAGGCAACCUUGCCUUGCACUUGGAUAAUGUGGAGCAGAGGCUUGGAAGUCUUGAAAGGAGGUUUGCCAACUUGGAAGAAAAAUGUGAUAGACUGGAGAAGGAGAAAGAGACCACUCUUUGUCAAGUUGAAGACUUAAAGGGCUACCUUGGUGUAGAGAAACAAGAACGUGCAACUUACGUACAAUCAAGCGAGGCACGUUUGGCAGGUUUGGAAAACCAUGUAAGCUUUUUGCAAGAAGAAAUUCGACUGAGGAAGAAGGAAUUUGAGGAAGAAGUGGAGAAAGCCGUAAAUUCACAAGUUGAGAUAUUCAUCUUGCAGAAGUUUGUAGAAGAUCUAGAAGCAAAGAAUUUGUCCCUCUUGUUAGAAUGUCAGAAACACGUUGAAGCCUCAAAAUUAUCCAAUAAGUUGAUUGAUGAACUGGAGAGCGAAAACCUCGAGCAGCAGGUAGAAGGGGAAAUGCUGGCCGAUGAAAUUGGAAGGCUGAAAACAGAAAUUUAUCAGGUGUUCAGGGCUCUCCAAAUUGAUGCAGAAGUAGGGCGUGUAGGUGAGAUCACGAAACAGCAAAUAGCUUCCCAACUUGACCGACCGCCUUUUGUGCAUAUCUUGGACAGAAUAGGGCAAUUAAAGAAAUCACUGACAAGGAGCAGGGAUGAAGAGCAAAAGUUGCUGUUUGAGAACACCGUGCUGAUUGCUUUUCUCAGAGGACUCGGAUUAGAGUGUAACGAGCUUGAGUCAAGUAAAGACUUCCUCCAGCAGGAGCUCAGAAUCUUGACCGAGCAAUGUAUGAUGCUGGAAAAAGAUAAGCAUGAGCUUCUAGAGAUAAAAAACCUCUUAAAAUCGGAUCUAGGCAAGGCAGAGCAACAGCAGGAGGCGCUAGAGACUGAUAUGAAAGUGAUGCGUGAGAAAUUGGUUGAUGUGCAGAUGGCUUACCAGCUUUUGCAGGAAGAUAACUCCAACAGACUAGUUGAAAACCAAGCUUUGUUGGAGAACAUUACAGAUUCGGAAGAACAAAAGCGUGUCCUUGAAGAGGAAAACUCUGCGAUAAUCCAAGAACUGAAUUCUCUUGGUAACCAAUCUCUAGUUUUCCAGAGCUUUGGAAUGGAGAAAGCUGAAGAACUAAAAGCUCUUGCUGCUGAUCUUUGUGGCCUCCAAGUGAUUAACAAUGAUCUAAGGGAGGAGAUUCAAAUGCUGAGGAGGAAACUAGGGACAGAAAGGGCAGAAAAGUCACUCCUGGUUGACUCGAUCGAGAAGUUGGCCAGAGAGUUCAAUGAAGUGAGAGACUUCAACGAUCAACUAAACCACCAAAUUUUGAUUGGCAACGAUUUUCUGAGAGAGAAGGCAAAGGAACUUUCAGAAGUAGACCAAAAACUGGAGCUUUCACGGUUCUCGGCCAUUGAAUUGUCGAGAACUGUUGAGGAACUAAAAAGGGAGCACAAAGAGUCGAGACUGGGUAGAGAAAUUGUAGAAAAGCAGAUUCAUGAGUUAUCUGAAAUAAGGAAAAGACAGGAGGAGCAAAUUGAAAGUCUUCUGGAAAUAAAACAGAAUUUGGAGCUCAAAGUGAACACAUUGCAGAAUGAAAUCGAGGAACACAGGAUUCGAGAAGAGAAUUUGAGUUCAGAGCUGCUAGAGAGGAGCAAUGAGUUUGAACUUUGGGAGGCUGAGGCUGCAACUUUUUACUUCGAUCUCCAAAUUUCUUCCGUUCGAGAAGUUCUUCUUGAAAAUAAGGUUCAGGAGCUAAGUGAAGUCUGUCAAAGCUUGAGGGGUGAAAGUGCCAUGAAGAAUGGGGAUAUUGAACAGAUGAAAGAAAAACUUGGGUUCUUAGAGAGUGAAAUUGGUGGACUAAAGAGUGAGCUAUCUGCAUAUGUUCCCAUCCUAUCAUCUCUUAGAGAUGGGAUGACAUCUCUCAAGCCACAAUCCAAUGACUGGAAGCACAAGGAUGCGAAAGAGCCAUAUCAAUUUCAUGAAAACGGACAUGCCAAGUUCCAAGAUGAACAAAGCUUUACAGUACCAGCAGUCUCAGAUUUGCAGAAGAUGCAAGAUAGGAUUGAAGCUGUUGAAAAGGCUGUCAGGGAAGAAAUGGGAAGGAUCGGGAUGGAGAAAAGAGAAAACGCGCUUAUGAAUCUCGAAAGUGACUCGCUAGAGAGAAAGGAUUUCCACGAAGAGGGAAUAGGACUUGGAAAUGACCUCAGUAAUGAUCAGAAGCCAACCAAGUCCAAAUACGAAACUCCUUCUCAGACAGGGCAAUUGAUGAAGGAUAUUCCACUUGAUCAAGCUUCAGAUUCUGUGUGUAAUGAAAUAAGCAGUAGAGAUGAAGAAAGGACAAACAAUCAGAUGCUUGAAGAUGCAUGGAAGAAGAGUCUAAACCCUUCGUCAGAACUAGAGAUUGAGAAAGAACUGGGCAUUGACAAGGUCUCGACCAGUAGAGAACUUGGUAAAGAGAGGAGCAAGAAAAAGAUCUUGGACAGACUCGCUUCUGACGCUCAGAAGUUGACUGGUCUCCAGGCGAGCAUGCAAGACAUGAGAAGGAAAGCGGAACUGAAGAAGAGGAGCAAGAGGUCACACAAGGUCAAGUAUGAGACAGUGAAGAGGGAGCUAGAAGAAGCGGAGGAGGCAGUCAUGCAUCUAAUGGUUAUGAACGAUCAUCUGGUGAAAGAUAUCAACGUGAACUUAUCCUCAUUGGAUCAGAAGGAUGAAGUCGAGAUGGAGGACAUUGAAAGUGUCCGGGAGCAGAAAGUGAAGGAACAGGCAAGGAAAGAGAGCGAGAAGAUUGGGCGCUUGCAGUUCGAGGUGCAGAAUAUCAACUACGCCUUGCUGAAGAUGGAGGAGGAGAAAAAAGGCAAAGGGAAGAGCAGGUUCUCAAGGAGCAGGACGGGCAUCGUUCUGAGGGAUUUCAUUUACAGCGGAUCGAGGAAUGGGGAAAGGCAAAAGAAGAAGGCCUGCUUUUGCGGCUGUGGGAGGCUUAAUGCUGAUGAGUGACUGAAGCAAGCAGAGUUGCUGAUGCAAGAGUCGCAAAAGUGCCCGUUUUUAUGGCUGCAUUUUGCCUUCCCUUCUCAUGCACUAAUAAUAUGUUCUUGUUAGGUAUGAAACAGUUGGUCCUUUGUGUUCACUGGGACCAGAAUAAUUAGGAGCGAUGGGCGCUAUCAUGAGAAAGUUUAUGUUUGCGAUUCUGUUUAGUCGUGUAAUGUACAUCCUUGCAGUAGACCAUUUGCUAGUAGAUGGUGAUCAGCAGAUUCGAACGGC